AUGACACCAAUUCGAAGAGCCGUCGCUCUCUCGACUGUGUCUAGGCUUUCGAGUCUCUCGGGACAGCGCCUCGUCGUCCGAUCUCAGUCUCUCUCUGCUGCUGUCUCUCAAUUCCACGCCUACUCGACGUCUCGUCCUCUCCGACAACAGGCAUUCCACUCGCAGCUUGAGAAUGCGCCCAACGCCGCCGACCUCCUCAAUUCCCUCGAUGCCGCCUCCGCAACAGCUCCCUCGACUCCUCAGACCCUCACCGAGAAGAUUGUACAGCGGUACUCGGUUGGCCUUGCCCCUGGCAAGAAGGUCAAAUCUGGGGAUUAUGUGACUUUGCAGCCUGCGCAGUGCAUGACACAUGACAAUAGUUGGCCGGUCGCUUUAAAAAUGAUGUCUAUCGGCGCCACCCAAAUCAAGAAUCCGUCACAAAUCACACUUGACCACGACACUCAGAACAAGACUGAGGCCAACCUGCGCAAAUAUAAAAACAUCCAAGAGUUCGCUGAGAAGCAUGGCACCGCAUUCUACCCAGCAGGGCGAGGCAUAGGCCACCAAAUCAUGAUCGAGGAAGGAUAUGCUUGGCCAGGAAGCCUUGCUGUGGCAUCUGAUAGUCACUCGAAUAUCUAUGGUGGAAUUGGGUGUCUUGGAACCCCUGUCGUUAGAACAGACGCUGCCGCUAUCUGGUCAACGGAACGUACCUGGUGGCAGAUUCCCCCGAUCGCCAAGAUCACGCUCACCGGACUGUUGCCCCCUGGAGUUACAGGAAAGGACGUCAUUGUUGCCCUCUGCGGUCUCUUCAACAAGGAUGAGGUUCUGAACCAUGCCAUCGAGUUCGCCGGAUCAGAUCAAACAAUGCACAGCAUUCCCAUCGACGACCGUCUCACAAUAUCAAACAUGACGACAGAAUACGGUCAAGGCUUAGUAAGUCAAGAUGGCCCGUGUCUUGUGUCAUGUACUAACUCCCGGGCCUCUGAUUUGGCUGCCGCCGCUCGCGUCUUCCGGGAGGCCGCCAAGGAGGGCAAAUCGGCCAAGGUUGCGCCCGGUGUCAAGUUUUACGUCGCUGCAGCAUCCAUCUUGGAGCAGAAGAUUGCAGAGGAGGCCGGCGAUUGGGACGUUCUUCGCGAGGCCGGUGCUGAGUUCUUGCCCAGCGGCUGUGGCCCGUGUAUCGGACUCGGGACAGGCCUUCUUGAAGAAGGCGAGGUUGGCAUAAGCGCAUCCAACCGAAACUUCAAGGGACGCAUGGGCUCGCCGCUUGCAAAGGCAUACCUCGCCAGCCCAGAGAUCGUUGCUGCCAGUGCCAUUCAGGGCAAGAUUGCUGGGCCCGGCUGGUACCAGAAGCCCGAGGGCGUCGAGAAGGUCAUCAUCGGAGAGGGCAGCGGAGAUCAUGUGGCAGACAAGGCCCUAUCCAUUGAAGACGCUCUCGACAAGAUCAUUGCAGAGGCUGAGAGUAUGAUUGCUGUUGCUGAAAAGGACGGCUCCGGAGCAGAGGCCGAGACCGCUGCUCCUGCUUCUGAGGCUGAGGGGGAGGGGGAAGAGACACUCACAGACAUCAUCCCUGGCUUUCCUGAGAAGAUCGAGGGUGAGAUUGUGUUUUGCGACGCCGACAACAUCAACCGAUGGCAUCUAUCCGGGGAGCAGAUGAGCGAGGUGUGCAUGGAGAACUACGACCCCGAGUUCCGCAACACAGCCCGCGCAGGUGACAUCCUCGUCGCCGGCUUCAACUUUGGUUGUGGCUCAUCCCGAGAGCAGGCCGCGACCGCGAUUCUGGCCAAGGAGAUCCCGUUGGUUGUCUCAGGAAGUUUUGGCAACAUCUUCAGCCGCAACAGCAUCAAUAACGCCCUCCUGGGUGUUGAGGUGCCACGCCUCGUAGAGCGCCUCCGCGAGACCUACAAGAACGACGCCGAGAAGCCCCUCACGCGCCGCACCGGGUGGAAGCUCCUCUGGGAUCUCCGCCGCAGCAAGGUGGUUGUCACCGAGAAGAACGGCGAGACGUGGAGCCAGAAGGUUGGUGAGAUGCCUCCCAACGUCCAGGAGAUCAUUGCUCGCGGUGGCCUCGAGAAGUGGGUCAAGGCCGAGAUUGAAAAGUAG